GGAUUCACGUAUCUCUUUUUCAGUUCAAGUCUUACCAUCUUUUCACGACUUUGACUACUGACGAUUAAUAGCAACUCAUGCUAUAAGUUUAAGUUGAAAAUUGAAAAUUUAUCACUGUUUUUAGCAGCCUCAGGAGUGUUUGGUAUUCGAUGUUGACAGUUUGAUGUUAUUUAUUAGAUUACGUUCUUUCGAUGGUGUAAGAUGAUUGGUUUUCUUGAUUAAUCUCCAAUCAAUACAUGGAAACUGGUCAAGAUAACUACGAGGUUCAAGAAAACCAGCUAAACGUUAUUCAACAGGAGUAAUCUCUAUCUCCUUCCAUAAAGGAUUUGCAGUAGGAGGAAGCAUGUAGAAUCCAGUUGUCUUUCACUUAUCCUGAUUCCCAUAUCUUUUUCUUCUUCAAGCUAGUCCCACAGUUUUUUACUAUUGUGCUUCCAUUCUAUCUCUUUUCAAUGCAACGAGUCCCGUAUCUCAUUCUCUUAACUCUUUUCCUACCACAUUUAGUUAUCGCACAGCAAACAAACCGUUUUGUAUCUGUUGGAGCAACACUCACAGCUACAAACGAUGCCAUGCCAUGGCUCUCACCUUCUGGAGAUUUUGCCUUCGGUUUCCAACUUAUUCAAGGUCAAAAUAACUUCUUGUUAUCCAUAUGGUUUGACAAGAUACCUGAGAAAACCAUCAUCUGGUAUCCAGAAGGAGGUCCUACAGUGCCUAGAGGGUCGAAAAUCGAGCUAAUAAAUGGACGUGGACUCGUUCUGAGUGAUACUCAAGGCAAGGAUGUAUGGACUUCUGGGUCGACUUCAGAUAUUGCAUAUGGUGUCAUGAAUGAUACAGGUAACUUUGUGAUUGUUGGUAAUGAAUCUCGCAAGAUAUGGGAUAGUUUCGAAUUUCCAUCAGAUACUAUGUUGCCCACUCAGGUUAUGGAGAAAGGUGGAGAGAUUUACUCAAAAAUGAGUAGAACUAACUUCUCCAGAGGAAGGUUUCAGCUACGUCUGCUUGAAGAUGGGAACCUCGUUCUUAAUACUCGAGAUAUAUCAACCAAUUAUGCUUAUCCUUCAUACUAUGCCACUAAAACUGGUGAUCUCUCCAAUCAGUCGAAUUCUGUUGAACAGCUGAUCUUUGAUGGAGUAGGAUACUUGUAUUUAUUGAGAAGAAAUGGCAGCAAAUUUGAUCUUACUCCAAGCCAGGAACUUCCAUUUGGAGACUAUUAUCACAGAGUUACGCUCGAUUUUGAUGGGGUUUUUACCCAAUACUAUCACUCCAGGGAUUCCACUGAUAAUUCAAGCUGGGAACGUGUAUGGUCAUAUCCAGAAAACAUAUGCCUUAGUUUCCUUGCGUCUGAAGGAAGUGGGGCAUGUGGAUAUAAUAAUGUCUGCAGCCUUGAUCAGAAUAAUCGACCUAAGUGUGAGUGCCCAAGAGGGUUUUCAUUGCUUGAUCCCAAUGAUCCAUAUGGUGAUUGCAAACCAUAUUUCUUUCCAAACUGUGACAAAGGUGCCUCAAAUAAAGAAGAUAUCGAUUUUGUGGAACUCAAGGAUAUUGAUUGGCCAACAUCUGACUAUGUCAUCAUGAACCCAACUAGUGAAGUUGACUGCAAAAACUCCUGCUUAAAUGAUUGUUUUUGCGCUGUUGCAAUUUACAGAGGCAAUAAAUGUUGGAAGAAGAAGCUUCCACUCUCCAAUGGAAAGGUUGAUGUUUCACUUAAUGUGAAAGCUUUCGUGAAAUCUCGGAAAGGUGAUCUUCCUCUUGAAAACCCUCCUCAUUUUUCUGGAAGCAAGAAGAAUCGGCAAAGUUUGAUAAUCGUGGGUGCGUCCCUCCUUGGUACCUCUGUUUUUGUAAACAUCAUAUUGUUUCUUGUCAUUUGUCUUGGUAUCUUUCUAGUCUACAAGAAAAACACUAGCAAACUGAAUCCAGAUUCUGAAACGAAUCUGAUUCGAUUUAAAUAUCAACAGCUUGUUCAUUCUACUAAUGGGUUUAAAGAUGAACUUGGGAGAGGAGCUUUUGGAAUAGUCUACAAAGGGGUAAUGGGGACAAACACUGUGGCAGUGAAGAAGUUGAAUCAAAUGGCUCAAGAUGGUGAGAAGGAAUUCAGAACCGAAGUCAAUGCCAUUGCAAGGACUCAUCACAGAAAUUUGGUUCAGUUGCUUGGCUUUUGUGAUGAUGGUGAACAUCGGUUGCUAGUUUAUGAGUACAUGAGUAAUGGUACUUUGGCCAGCUUUCUAUUUGGAGAAAUGAGACCAAGUUGGAAUCAUCGGUGCCAUAUAGCAUUAGGCAUUGCAAAGGCACUUUCGUACCUUCAUGAAGAAUGUAGCACUCAGAUCAUCCAUUGUGACAUUAAGCCUCAGAAUAUACUUCUUGAUGAGUAUUAUAAUGCUCGUAUUUCUGACUUUGGACUAGCGAAGCUUUUGGUGAUGAAUCAAAGUCGAACAAAUACUGACAUUCGAGGUACGAAAGGAUAUGUGGCUCCAGAGUGGUUUAGAAACGCUCCAGUCACACUAAAAGUUGAUGUCUAUAGCUUUGGUGUGUUGUUACUAGAGAUUAUUUCAUGUCGAAAGAGUGUCAAAGAAAAUGAGAGUGGUAAUGAAUAUGAAGCAAUCUUGACUGAUUGGGCAUGGGAUUGCUAUCAGGAAGGUAGAUUGGAUUUGCUUGUUGAGAAUGAUUUGGAGGCUCUUGAUGACUAUAAGAAGCUAAAAGUGUUUGUGAUGGUUGGACUUUGGUGUGUACAAGAAAACCCUUUGUUGAGGCCAACCAUGAGGAAGGUCAUUCAGAUGCUUGAAGGGGUUGUUGAAGUGACUGAACCUUCAUGCCCGUUCCCUUUCUCUCUUACCUUAGGUUAAUCUUGAACUGGUUUUACAUUUCUUGUUUAGAAUAAAUUCAGUUUAUUCCUAUAUAGUUGAAGAGUCUAAUCAAGUAGCAGAUAAAGAUAUUACAUUUGAUGUUUGUUUCUGUGACAUUUAUAUCUGUUGAAUAUUCUAUGUUAGAAUCUAAGGGUGGAGUUGCUUAAACACACCCUCGU